AUGCCCAAGAAUUUGAAUAACACCCAGUUUGCUGAAAGCGAUUUACUUUUGUUCAAUCGGGUACCGAAAGUGGGCAGCGAACAUAUGAUUGAACUUAUUCAACGUUUAAGUGUUUUAAAUGGCUUUGAGACGAAUCGUGCAUACUUUUCGGAACCAGUGCGGCAACGUCUUACGCCGGAGGAGCAGGAGGAGCUAGCGAAAGAGUUGGACGAUGAUUAUGGCGAGCCAUUUGCAUAUUCUAUGCAUGUAAAUUAUAUUGAUUUUAGGGCAUUCAAUUUGCCACAACCGAUUUAUAUAAAUAUGAUACGUGAUCCAAUUGAACGGGUUAUAAGUUGGUUCUAUUAUAAACGUGCGCCCUGGACUGCUGUGCAAAUGUAUAAGUUGACUAAGAAAUUUCGCAAGCCACAAUGGUAUAAGAAGAGUUUUGAGGAGUGUGUUUUGCAUCGCGAUAUCGAAUGCCGUUAUGAGACAGAUUCAAGCUUUGGCAAUUCUAGUGAAGAUCACAAAAGGCAGACGUUAUUCUUUUGUGGUCACGAUCCAAGUUGCGAACCUUUCAAUUCACAAAGCGCUUUGCAAUUGGCUAAGAAGCAUGUUGAGAACGAAUAUGCUGUGGUGGGCUCUUGGGAGGAUUUGAAUGUUACACUAGAAGUACUCGAGCAUUAUAUACCGAAAUUUUUCCGUCGCGCAACAGAGUUGUAUUUUGAUGGAGAAAAUGGUUUGGCAGCAACGCAAAAUAAUGCAAAUCCCUGGAAACCAACUAUAAGUUCGCAUAUAAAGGAAAUGCUUAGAAAGAACUUUACUGCGGAAUAUGAAUUUUAUAAUUUUUGUAAACAACGUUUAUAUAAACAAUAUUUUGCAUUGCAGAAUAUGCGAGGAAUUUGA